AUGAUACCAGAUAACGUGACAUUAAUUGUAAAAGCGCCAAACCAGCAGAUUGACGAUCAAAAUAUAGAAUGUCAAUCAUCGUGGACCGUGCGCCAGUUGAAGGGGCAUCUCGAAGAAGUAUACCCUAGUAAACCUAGAACAGAAGAACAGAAAAUUAUAUACUCGGGUCAGCUUCUAGACGAUAGUACGAUAUUAAAAGACGUAUUGAGAACUUACGAAAGUCAGAUCGCUCACACAAUGCAUUUGGUUUGCACGCCUAGCCGCAGGGUGGAACCACAACCAGACACCAACACAGACGGCUUGAGGCGGCGAAAUGUGGAGACCACGAAUGCAGCUGAAACAGAAGCACCAACGGAACCACCCAGACCAGAGACCAGACAAAAUGACCAAAAUCAUAACGUCGAAAUGCAGAAUUACUUGAGUUCCUUCGUAAACAAUAACUACGGUAGAGUGCCACCGUAUCCAAAUUAUAAUUUUGGCGAAGGAUACCUACCAGUACCGAAUGAUCCUGCUCAACUCGCUAACCAUAUGAUGGUGAUGCAGCAAGCCUAUUUGCAAUAUAUGCAACAAUAUGCCAACAUGUGGCAAGCAGCCGGAGGAGCCCCAGCAGCGCCGCCGCCCGAGCCUCCCGCGGCAGCGGCCGCGGCCGAAGCUCCCGCAGCUCCUGUCGAAGAACAAGACGAAGCACUUGCUAGGGAUUGGCUGGACCAUCUAUACGCAGCAUCCAGACUUGCCAUAUUGUUCUCCUUGGUCUACCUGUACGGUAGUCCUGCUAGAUUGUUGCUAGUACUGCUGUUAGCUGCUGCGGGAUACCUUCAUCAAAUCGGCUUCUUCCGCGACCUCCACGUGAAUCCACAACAGAACAUAAACCGCCGCGUCGGGCAACCGCAGCAACCACAACAGCCUCAGCAACCAGCCGCCGAAAAUGGCAACCAACCUGCUGAGGGAGCAACUCCACCACCGACCAGUCCCGCAACCAAUAACGAAAACCAACAGUCGUUAUUAGCAGUAACGUGGAUGAUUUUUACUUCGUUCUUCGCAUCGUUGAUUCCUGAUACAAACUAG